AUGCUCACAGCUGUCACCAGUUCUGCGAGUGUAUUUCAUAGUGUGCGUGUCUUGGCAUGGCGCUACACCGCUUCCAGGGGUCAGGGAGGUGUUGAGAUGUCCAGCUUUGAGUUCACUGACCCGCAGAUUGCCAACGACGAAGUGGAGCGACCCCCCCCCCCCAUACCCCACACUUACCCUCACCGCCACCAUCUCAGCGGCGGGGCGAGUGUGGUUCAGAUGAGCGACUGCACGUCAAGCCCAGACUACGCGUCGCAUGCAGGCAAGUGGCAAAUGCGCAUCCUGCUUUUUGGCCGUUAG